GUCAUAUAUAGGAAUGUUGUUUUUGUCUUGUCAGCUGACAGUUUAAAAUUUUUAAAAGACGUAAAAAUAGAAUUUGUAUGACAACAUGUAAUUAUUGCUAGUUUUGUAUUGUAAUAAUUCCUCGAUAAACAAAAUGGGUAACGCAGGCAGUGGAGGCGUAAGCAGCAGGGAAAGGCAAAGAUCCGGAGAAGUUGCACCUUCUUCCCCGACAAAGGAAGGCCAAGCAUUUGUGUUCGACAAGAAGCCAGAAAAACUUCAAGGUUUCCAAGAUGACGAAGGUCCUUACUUCACGAAACCAGUUACUUACGAGCCUCCAAGGACCAGGGCAAAUACCAUUUCAGAGACACCUCAACAUAGUACACCUAGAGAAACCAAAACGCCCACAGUUUUUAGGUGGGAAGGAGGAGGAAAUGAAGUACUUAUCAGUGGCACUUUCUCAAACUGGCAGACUAUUCCUAUGGUGAAAAGUCAUGGAGACUUCGUCACUAUCAUAGAGCUGCCCGAGGGUGAACAUCAGUAUAAGUAUUAUGUUGAUGGUGAGUGGAAAAAUGAUCCAUCCAACAAAAUUAUUGAAGACGAAAGUGGUGAAAAGAAAAACAUUAUCACUGUCAAACGUUCUGACUUUGAAGUGUUCCAAGCACUUGCCAAAGAUAGCGAAAAUGCUAAGGAUGACUCCCAAAAGGAAUUUGGACAAGAAAUACCAGCUAACAAGCCUUGGGAGAAGACUUCAGGGCCUCCAAUUUUACCUCCACAUCUACUUCAAGUGAUAUUAAACAAAGACACACCUUUGUCUUGCGAACCUACUUUGCUACCUGAACCAAACCAUGUUAUGUUAAAUCACUUAUAUGCCUUGUCAAUUAAAGAUGGUGUAAUGGUUUUGAGUGCCACCCAUAGAUAUAGGAAGAAUAACAUGCAGCCAUGCUACUGAAAUAUGUAUGCAGAAUUCUUAUUGACAUUAUCAAAUGAAAUUUAAGGAUGAAUACUAACCAAUAAGUUGAGAACUUCCC